CUGUGGAGGGUGAAUUGCCCGUGAAUCUGCCAAAUUUAGGUCUUUCUCAUGUUGAUAGAAAAAGUGAACAUAAUAUUCGUCGCCGCUAUAACUUUUACGCAGCCGUUGGAUGUUGCUGUUAAUACAAAUACGAAAGGUAUCAGUCGAGUCUCUGACCUGUGCAAGGAACUGAAGCAUGUAAUCAGUUUCAUUCACGUUAGCACAGCCUAUAGUAAUGCCUACUUAUCUGAAGUCGAAGAAAAAGUUUACACCACAAGUUGGGAACCUUCGGCGGUAAUCGACAUUUGCGAUAAACAACAUAAAAACUCAAUCGCACUAUUAGAAGAAUCAAUUUUGAAGAUUCAUCCAAACACAUGUACAUUCACAAAAAAUCUAGCAGAGCAGAUAGUGUUCAGUGAUUGUAAAAGUUUCUCAACUGCAAUUGUAGAACGACCAAGUAUAAUUGGUGCUUCUUUGCCAGAACAACCAUGUCCUGGUUGGUAAUGUCUAUGGAGUUACAGGCAUUCC